AUGUCCGGCAUCAAUCCAGCACUGCUACGCCGGCAGUUGCUAAGCAAACAAAUACCGAGGCAAACACGAUCCUUCUCCUCAGUACUCAGAUUCUAUACAGCUACACCAAUAGCUCAAAAUACUACCGCCAACGUCAGAUCAAGAUCGCACAGGACUCCAAUAUUAUCGAGAGGUAUAUCAUCCUCUACCAGCAACAAUGCAGCUUCAACUGGAAAAAGCAAACUCCCGCUGGCCGGUGUCCGGGUGUUGGACAUGAGUCGGGUUCUAGCUGGCCCAUACUGUACGCAGAUUCUCGGUGAUUUAGGGGCGGAUAUUAUCAAAGUCGAGCACCCGGAACGAGGAGACGAUACACGAGCAUGGGGUCCGCCAUUCGCAGAGUACAAAGACGGUAGAGAAGGACCAGGAGAGAGCGCUUAUUAUCUUUCUGUAAACCGGAACAAAAAAUCCCUGGGCUUAUCAUUCGCCCAUCCAGAAGGUGUAGAGAUCCUACACGAGCUCGCCAAAAAUUGCGAUGUUCUCGUUGAAAACUAUCUGCCCGGCUCCCUUAAGAAAUACAACAUGGACUAUGAGUCCAUACGGAAACUAAAUCCCCGCUUAAUAUAUGCCAGCAUCACAGGCUAUGGUCAAACAGGCCCAUACAGCAAUCGCCCCGGAUUUGAUGUCAUGGUCGAAGCCGAGUUUGGGUUGAUGCAUUUGACAGGUUCGAGGGACGGUCCUCCAGUCAAGGUCGGCGUAGCAGUAACCGAUUUGACGACCGGGUUGUAUGCGUGCAACUCUAUCAUGGCCGCUUUGUUAGCCCGUGCAAAUACAGGCGAAGGCCAGCAUCUUGAUGUGUGUUUGAGUGAUGUUCAGACAGCAACUCUCGCCAAUAUGGCAGAGUCUGUACUAAUCAGCGGGAAGCCAGACAGCGGUCGAUGGGGGACUGCCCACCCAUCCGUUGUCCCAUACCAGGGCUUCAAAACCUCAGACGGAGAUAUCUUCCUAGGAGGAGCCAACGAUCGAUUAUUCGGUAUCCUUUGCGAGAAGCUCGGCAAGUCCGAGUGGAGUAAAGACCCCAAAUACGUCACCAAUAACGAACGUGUACGCAAUCGUAAAGAGCUGGAAGAUCUUAUCGAAGCUGAGACAACCAAACGAACAACUCAAGAAUGGCUGGAGAUCCUCGAGGGAUCUGGUCUUCCAUACGCGGCUGUAAAUGAUGUUUUGGGUACUUUGAACCAUGAGCACACCAAAGCCCGGGGUAUGGUGCAAGAGAUCGACCACCCAUCGUGUGGCCCCAUCAAAGUUCUCAGCCCACCCGUCAAAUACUCCAAUGCCGACCCAAGCAUUCGCUCUCCGCCACCUCUGCUUGGCGAGCACACAGAUGAAAUUUUGGAGAGUGUAGUCGGAUUGGGCAAAGAGAGGAUUCAAAAUCUGAAAGCGAAGGGGGUUGUCGCUUAG